AAUGACUCAAAUCAAAGUAGAUGCGAUUAUAUCUAAACAGUUCCUGGCGGCGGACCUGAACGAGAUCCGACAAAUGCAGGAAGAGAGCAAGAAGCAGGUGAUCAAAAUGGAAAUUGUCUGGAAGAAUGUCGCUUUAUUUGUGGCUCUACACAUUGGAGCCCUGGUCGGACUAUAUCAGCUUGUGUUCCAGGCCAAGUGGGCUACAGUUGGAUGGGUAUUCCUCCUGCACACCCUGGGAAGCAUGGGUGUCACCGGCGGAGCCCAUCGUCUCUGGGCCCACCGAGCCUACAAAGCCACCCUCUCAUGGAGAGUAUUCCUGAUGCUCAUCAACUCGAUCGCUUUCCAAAAUGACAUUAUCGACUGGGCCAGAGAUCACCGGUGCCAUCACAAGUGGACGGAUACUGAUGCUGACCCGCAUAGCACCAACCGCGGAAUGUUCUUCGCUCAUAUGGGAUGGUUGUUGGUGAAGAAGCACGAUCAGUUGAAGAUUCAGGGAGGAAAGUUGGAUUUAAGCGAUUUGUACGAGGAUCCGGUGCUGAUGUUCCAGAGGAAGAACUACCUCCCCUUGGUCGGAAUCUUCUGCUUCGCCCUGCCCACCUUCAUUCCAGUCGUCCUCUGGGGCGAGUCAGCCUUCAUCGCCUUCUACACGGCCGCCCUCUUCCGUUACUGCUUCACCCUCCACGCUACAUGGUGCAUCAACAGUGUCUCCCACUGGGUCGGAUGGCAGCCAUACGAUCAUCAAGCCUCAUCAGUAGACAAUCUAUGGACAUCUAUUGCGGCAGUCGGAGAAGGAGGUCACAACUACCAUCACACCUUCCCCCAGGACUAUAGAACUUCCGAGCACGCGGAGUUCUUGAACUGGACCCGAGUAUUGAUUGAUUUCGGGGCGUCUAUUGGAAUGGUGUAUGAUCGGAAGACUACUCCGGAAGAGGUAAUACAAAGACAGUGCAAGAAGUUCGGCUGUGAAACUGAACGGGAGAAAAUGCUCCACAAAUUGGGAUAAAUUUUGAAAAAAAAACAUUUUGAGGUUUUCUCACUUUUUCUGUAAAAAAUGAUCUCUGGCGUGUUUCUGUACGUAUUCUGAUUAAUAAAACAAUUUAUUAU